CACAGUGACACACACCGAUGUUCACUGGUACCGACUAUCCCCAGAGCAAAUUAUGGAGUCGGUUUUAACACAUUCAGGAAAUGCAUCCACACAAUGGAACCCACAAUUCACUGAGCGAUUCCAGCCUUUCAGAGACUUCUCCAGUAACAGCUUCAUUCUGAACAUCACAGACGUGCAGCCCAAUGACACUGGGGUCUAUUACUGCUCAGUCCAGGGAUGGAUCUAUGGAAGUGGAAGCCAACUCAUUGUAGACAGUAACACUGGUCCAGUCCUUCUCCAGUCUCCAAGCCUGGAAAAUAUCAUCAAGGAUCACACUGCCCAGUUACGGUGCACCAUGAGGAACGCCACAGUGACAGACACCAAUGUUCACUGGUACAGACUGUCCCGCAAGCAAAUAAUGAAGCCGGUUUUAAUACAUCCAAGAAGUGGCUCCACACAACAGUACCCAGAAUUCACAAAACGAUUCCAAUCUUCCAGAGACUCCUCUAGUAACAGCUUCAUUCUGACCAUCAAAAGCGUGCAGCCCAGUGACGCUGGGGUCUAUUACUGCUCAGUCUGGGGAAUAAUCUAUGGGACAGGAAGCCAGCUCAAUAUCACCAAUGCAGGAGUACCAGUCCUUCACCAGUCUUCCGUCCUGGAACAUGUCACCAAGGGUCACACUGCCCGGUUACAGUGCACCAUGAGGAAUGCCAUAGUGACACACACCAAUGUUCACUGGGACCGGCAGCAAACAGGGAAUAAGAAGGAGUGGAUUUUAACAUAUGACAUGAGGAACAUUACACAAUGGAGCCCAGGAUUUACUGAGCGUUUCCAGUCUUCCAGAGACCCCUCGAAUAACAGCUUCAUUCUGACCAUCACAAACGUGCAGCCCAGUGAUGCUGGGUUCUAUUACUGUAAACUGUGGGAAGAUAUCAGUGGGAAUGGAACCCAGCUGACUGUAACAGAAGAAUCUUCCCCUGGUUUUCCCUGGACUUCAGAUCCCAUUUUAAUCAUUGGCACCAUUCUGGGCAUCACUGUCUUGAUCUGCAUUGUCCUGCUCACAUUUUUCCUUUGGAAACAAAAGCUGCAUUCAUCAGCAAAGGACUCCACACAAGGGAGCCCUGGUGAAGACCAGAACGUUGUGUAUACAACAGUAAAUGUUCGAACACAGAGCAGUGGGCAAGCAUCAGUUCCUCCUGUUGUGCUGGCUGAAAGGGAAUGUCAUUAUGCUGAGGUUCACUUUCACCGACAAGGAAGCAGCCAGCCGACAGUGACAGCUGCUGAAAGGAGCUCGGAGUACGCAGUUAUAAAACAGGCAAGAAACUGAAGUUCAACAGGACCCUUUCACUCUGCAGCAAGGAGCAGUCAAGAGCAACUCACUAAAACAGAAACAUUUUGGCUUCUUUUUCACAUUCAUCCAGAUUCAUCCAACAACUGUCUGAUGUCCGCCCGCGUCCCCCACCUUAGCUUCUGAGCGUACCUUUCUCAUCAAGACUCCCACCCACUCUCCAAGGACCCCUCUCGCCCACCUCCAACACACCCUAUCCACCUGAACACCCAGUGCCAGUCUAUUAUCCACGCUUGACCUCUUUAUUUCCAACUGCUGCCGAGACAUUGACUGUCUCAACCUGUCUACCCCACUCCAACCUCUCACCCUCACAGCACGCAGUCCUUCACUCCCUCUACUCCAACCCCAAGCUCACCAUCAAACCCGCGGACAAAGAAGGUGCAGUGGUAGUUUGGUGCACUGACCUCUGCACCACUGAAUUCAGGCAUCACCUUGAAGACACCUCCUCCUAUUGCCCCCUCAAUCAUUACCUCACCACCCAUCACCAAACCAUCAUCUCCCUGACCAUACACUACCUCAUCACCUCAAGAGAUCUCCCACUCACAGCUUGCAACCUCAUAGUUCGGGAAUCAUGCACCACCCGAUUCUACAUCCUUCCCAAGAUUCACAAGCCUGACUACCCCA